CUUUUCCACCAUGACAUACAGAUUCAUUCACAGAUAUUGUAAGUAUCGAUAACUACACACUCUAUAAACGCCCCUCUCUUCUGCUUCAGAGGCCUCUGCUCUGCUAUGGUGGCCUUCAAAACUCCCGUUCUCUCCGUCCUUUUCGCCGUCUUUUUCGCCGUGCUUAUCGCGAGCGCUGAUGCCGACGCUUCGUCAACGGAGGAGGAAGUUGAAGUCGUCAGAUCGGACGGCGCCGAUGCUUCGGCGGCGAUGAGAAUUGAACUCGAGCAACUCCAGUAUAAGAUUCAAUCGCUAGAGUCUCAUGUUGAUUUAAAGAUUCAAGAGAUUAAAAGUAAGGAUGACAAAAUCUUUGAGAAGGAAAAUAUCAUCAAGGAGAAGUCAGAUACAAUAGCAUCAUUGCGCAGCGAGAUAGCUUCUGUUCAAAAAAAAGGAACCUCCGAUGUUGAAGAGCAAUUAGCAAAGGCCAAUGCACGAUCUGCUGAUCUGGAGAAAGAGGUGGAGAACCUUAAAAAUGAAAUGGAGCUUAGGGCCCAGGAGAAGUAUGAAUUGGAGUCCCGGAUAUUAGAAGCUGAGAACAAAGUCCUUGAAUUGAAUACGAAACUCCAGAGUCUGCAAAAGAAUAUUGAUGAAGAAAAGGUCAAGAUUAAAAAAACUGAACGUGCCCUUCAAGUUGCCGAAGAGGAACUGAUGAAGGCAAAACAUGAGGCCACUUCCAAGAUUAAGGAACUCACAGAGGUUCAUGGAGCAUGGCUACCACCGUGGCUUGCAGUUCAUGUUUUUACUUGUCAGUCAUACGUGGAGACACAAUGGAACAUGCAUGGAAAGCCUGCUAUGCAAUUACUCGUUGAAAAGGCAAAAGUAAAGAAAGGUCAGGUUGAGAAAUGGGCUGAACCCCAUGUGGAAACUGUGAAAACUAACUGGAUUCCGUCUAUCAAGGAAAAAUGGUUUGUUGUGAAAACUACUGCUGAACCACAUGUGCAGUCAUUCACCACAAAAUUUAUCGAGGUUUAUGAAUCAUCCAAGACUGCCGCAACUCCACAUGUUACUAAAAUUUACGAAGUUGUGGAUUCAUAUUAUCAGGAAGUCAAGAAAGCUAGCAAGCCACACAUUGAACAGGUUGCCAGCGUAGCAAAACCUCAUGUUGAUAAAGUAAACAACAUUUUGGAGCCAUAUACAAAGGAGGCAUUUCAUGCGUAUGGAAAAUUUCUUGAAUAUGCUACUGUGUAUCAUCAGGAGGUCCAAGACACUGUGCAAGAAUCUCUGAGAAAGCAUGAACUGACAAGAGCUAUAGCAACUAAAGAGUUGGUGUGGUUUGCGGCCUCAGCAUUGUUGGCUCUGCCAAUCAUCAUUUUGUUCAGAAUUUUUUCAGUGAUCUUCAGUAAAAAGCCACAGAAACCCAUUCGAAAUUCUAAUACAAGCCAUUCUCGUCGAAAGGCUAAACGUGGACAUUCGGAGAAAUAGUACUAUAGAGCUUGAUACUUUUAGCAUGCAUAUUUAAGGUGUGGUGAACACUGUUCCCAACAUGGUGUUUGGCUUUUUUUAUUCUGGGCUGCUGCUUGUAAUUUCCGAAGCUCUUGGUUAUAUCUGCCUUCGUACUUGAUACGAGCCAUCUACAUCCUUCCACCACCCCUUCCAAAAACAGAGUGAAGCACCCAUAAUAUGUCUGUAUGUAUGUAUCAUGGUAUUUAUUGUAGAUGUAACUUCUCAGUUUGCUCUUUCAAGUUUUUUUAUAUGUUCCAAAGAAUAGCUUCUAGUUUUUAUAUUAUUGUGCACGGGGAUUUACUAUUAUUAUUUUUUUUAAAGUUCACAGAAAGAACACCUCCCAGGGGUAUAUUUUACAA